AGGUGCGAAGGAACUGGAGAUUUAGAAAUGCCUGGCAGCCAGCCAGACCUUAAUGGCAGUUUGAAAGCAAUUUGAUGAAAUAAAAUUAACAUGCUAAUUGCCAAUCUCUAGAUGGAGCCGGAGGAAAAUUUAGAAAGGGAGAAUUUUUUUUAUUCACCUAUGCAAACUCAGAUGAAGGUAUCCCUCCUACAUGUGCCUGGGACAGAGGGCAGUUAUUAUUAAACAAUACCUUCAUUUCAUGUUACAUGUCAGGGCACUGUCAAAUAUCACAGUGUCCAGGAAGAUUUAGCACCACCGUGCAGAAUAUCCCCUGCCACUGCAAAUGAGAUUGUGCCGGAGUUUCAGCUGGAAGGAACCAAGUCACAUGUUUUUAUGUACAGUAUCUGCCCAGUCUCAGCAAUCAGCUUUGCUGCUGCUGUCGGUGGGAGAUCACUGCUGCUCCUAUCCACAAAGCUCCUGGCUGAUAGAAAGAACUUUGGUGCUCAGCACAAACUGGCAUUCAAGGGAACACAACCAGGAUCUGAUACAAUGGAUUAUUGCCAAGCAGAACUGCUGAGGGCAAAGAUCUGUAUUUGAGGGAGCUGGAUCCCAUGGAAGGAACAUGUUUUUAAUGAAUCUCUAAGGAUAUGAAAUUGAAUUGGAACAGGGAUGUGAUUUCAUUGUGGCUCUCCUGAUAAAGCUACCUUCUCUCGCCCUUGGAACCCAUUGUAUGACAGACUAGAUACGGUUUUUUUUCUCUUAAUUUGCCCAUCAUUUAAAGCAAUCAUUGUUUAUAUCUAUCUCAGUCUGCUUCUAUAUCUGCCUGGAAUGGAUUCAGGAUACAUGUUGCUCAACAAGUUACUGCAAGUGAAGCUGAGGACACACAGAUCUAUGGAAGGACCUGCUGCUAAAGGGGUGACAGUUGGGGGGUCUUGGCUACCACGCUGAGAGGAGAAGCCUAACAUGAUCAUGUAUGGUGAUUUGCUUUUAAACUCAAGCAGUGCCACCGAAGCUGAGCUGAUGAUUCAGACGAAUACUCCUUACCUCACCAGCACACACAGACCUGUCAGCUCCUCGGCACUCUACUUGUCUACAGCCAGGGUGCUGAAGGAGGGGGAGAUAAACAAACCUGACCUUAUGACUUACAUUAUCCUCUUUGUUCUCCUCUUCUUGACUGUGGCACUAAUUGUGCUCUUCAUAAACUGCCAACUGAGGAAUUCAUUCUUUGCCGGUCUGCCCUAUGAUAGAUCCCUGAGAGAAUCCAGAAGCCCUUGGAAAACACAAUCUGUCUGAGCCAAAUACAUGGACUACUGUAACAAGGGCAGCUGAAAUGUUCCUUCUUAAGUGCGUGUUAUACUGGCAUAGCAAACAUGGGAAAGGAAUAGCUCAUAUAGGUGUAGUGUAGUGCCAUUAGGUGACUGCUAUGUACAGUUCUAUAUGCCAUACAGCUAUGGGAUUACAGUAGAUGGAUGGAUACCAAAGGAUGUCCUAUAUAAUCUCUAACCGUGGAAUGAGAUGAAUGUAUCUAGAAUGGGUGCUACAAUAAGUUUAAGUAGAAACAAAAAUAAACAGAUAUAUUUCUAUCUACAGGUUAUAAGAGAAAGAAUAGUUUAUCCUCACCUAAUAUGUUAGAAAUGUAUUUACUAUGCUUCCAGGAAGUUCUUUUCCAUGUAUGGGAUAAUGUUAACAAGUACCUUAUAAACUGCAGGGGGGAACAGUAGAAAUGUAAGUAUUGUCCACUGGAUUUGUCCUUUUUUCAUUCUGAUUGCUUACAGUCCAAAAACCGUCAUUUGUACUCAGAAUAAAAUACUGAGUUCCCCAUGGCUUGGUCUAGAAGGGAAAAAGCAUUACAUUUACAAAUCUCACUUAAAAUCUUCUAGGAAAGUGGGUUCAGUUUACUUGGAAAAUCAUCCGAAGCCAUUAGAAUCAAUUGACUAAGAGCGAUUCUGUAAGACUAUACGGAUGUGGCAGGGCUGCCAAUGACUAUGAAGAGGACAGGCUGGUGUUCUGGGAUUCACCCUUUGUUACUGCUUGCCUCAUUCCAUCUCCUCUUGUAACUGUGUCAGGAUGCAAUAAAAUCUUCAAAUAAAACCAGGUACUUUGAGUAUA